AUGCGGUUGUUUGCUACUGGCCGAGUCCUGAGGGCCAGCAGUGGUCGCUGGUCAAUUGCCGCAACUCAAUCCAGGAUCACCAUCCCCCGCACAUACCUGCUACAUAGGUCUACUUCAGCCAUCUCUCGGAGUUGGAGCUCAACCCCAGCUCGCUGGAAUACCCAGUCCACCGGACAAGUGAAGCAGCCCACCAGCCUGAAAAUCGAAGGCGACGCAUACAAGACAGAUCAAUGGACCAAUACCACGGACCAAAUUCUGUCGCAUGUUGGACGACGAUUGUACCUCGAUGAAAACCACCCUCUGGCUAUCACCCGCAAGCUUAUCGAAAGCCAAUUCCCCGCUCCCGUCUUUGGAAACUACCUCGAAAAGAACCCCGUGGUUACGACUGCUCAAAAUUUCGAUGUUCUCGGCUUUCCAGCGGACCACCCCGGUCGCAGCCGCACCGACACCUACUAUGUCAAUGACAAAACCGUGUUGCGUACCCACACAAGCGCGCAUCAGCAAGCGUACUUCCAACAACUCAAUCGAAAUGAACAAACUCGCCCGGAGGAAGUUGGAUACACCGUGAUUGCCGAUGUCUACCGCCGUGACGCUAUUGAUCGCAGCCACUAUCCGGUUUUCCACCAGAUGGAGGGUGCCAUGCUGUGGAAGCGACCUGAGAACAACCCGCUUGCUUCAUCUUCCGAAACAGCGGCCAAGAUAAGAGCGGAUAUCGAUCUCAUUCCAAGCCACAAUGUCCCAGUCGAGGAUCCAAACCCGACCAUCCAUCCCCAACGGAACCCCCUACAGGCAGAGCAUCACAGUGCGGAGGAAGUCGAAGCAAUUGGGGCACAUCUGAAGCGCUCGCUCGAGCGUAUGGUCAUCAAGGUCUUCACCGAAGCUAGCAAGGCCGCCGCCGCAAGCUCUGGAAGCGACGUCGAACCCGAGCCAUUGAAGGUGCGCUGGGUGGAAGCCUACUUCCCUUUCACCAGCCCAUCAUGGGAACUCGAAGUCUUCUGGCAGGGCGAAUGGCUCGAGAUCCUUGGAUGUGGUGUGAUUCAGCAAAACCUGCUCAUCAACUCCGACGUUCCUCACCGAGUUGGCUGGGCUUUCGGAUUGGGAAUCGAGCGUAUUGCCAUGCUCCUCUUCAACAUCCCCGAUAUCCGUCUUUUCUGGUCUCGCGACGAGCGUUUCCUGUCCCAGUUCCGUGCUGCACCCGGCCUGCUACAAGGACGUUGCCUUCUGGGUUCCCCCUCCGCUGUUACCGGCGGCAGCAGUGCCGCUGGCGGCGCUGUUCCAUUCCACGAGAACGAUGUCAUGGAAAUUGUUCGUGGAAUUGGCGGUGAUCUUGUGGAAGAUGUUUCGUUGAUUGAUGAAUUCACUCACCCGAAGACUCAGCGCAAGAGCAUGUGCUACCGUAUCAACUAUCGCAGUUUGGAACGGACUUUGACGAACGAGGAAGCUAAUGAGAUGCAUGACCAAGUCCGGAAGCAAUUGGUUGAUGGUUUUGGAGUUGAAUUGAGGUGA